AUGACAAUAGCAAUUGACGGCAAUGUCAUUGACCACUUGCCGAUUGAAGAUGCGAUGGAAUCCAAUGCAUCUAAAUAUAGAAACCCCCAUGAAGCCCAUGAAUAUAAUGCCAUCACCCAAGAAGAUGUCAUCCCAGAUGGUGUCAAAACCGAAAUCGGAAAUUCAGUUGUAUCACGAGCGGCCACCGAUCAAUUUCAAGACGUCGAUAGUACUGACACUGCUGCAAAAUCUAAUAUGAACCAACAUCCUGCGACUAAAAAAAAUACAUCAAAUUGGAACUCCAAAAACGAGGAUGAAUGUACUGCCAUUAGCAUAGCAAUAAAAGUGAAAGACGAACAUGAUGACAAAAAAUUUGGUUGA